AUGGGUUUUUACUGUAAAAGCAGUGCCGGUGACGACGUCCAACGUUCCAUUGAGUUGCUAGAUCGGGUGCUUUCCGAAUUCGAUGAUGUGGAAAAUGCGAAUCAGGUUCAGAACAUACAACAAAUUACGACGUCGACUCCUCAGCUACGCCAUCGCACGACCGCCGCCAACACUACCGCCGCCGCCACCCCCGACGACGAGAGCCCGUCCCUCGGCCACCAGUCGGAGGACGACGGCUACAUGAGUAUGAACGGCAGAAAAGCCAAAUUCAACUUGGCGUUUAAGCCCCUAGCCGAGCAUCACGAACCGCCCCUGAUGAGGCCAGGCGACCCCGACGACUUCCCGCCUCCGCCGGAGGAGGCGCAAAGGUUAAUAGCCACGUUGUUGCCAAAGGUAUCGCCAACCCAUCGUCCCAAAUCGCGGAACAGCAGUGGCGGAGGCAUGAGGAACCAUCGUUCGUUCCCGAUGACGCAACUGCCUCCCAGGAUGGACACAAUUCCUCCACCACAAAGGUUCCAGAACGAAUGCAACAAUGUCGCCAUCAACGGCCUACCGGACCCUAUUCACACUGCCACGCAGACGACAUUGCCAAAAACAAAACAUCAACGUCCAUAUGGUUGGGAAAACAACGAUUUUACGUUGAAUCCACCACCACCGCCCCCGGGUUACCGUUUCGGCAGCUUACCAUAUCAACAUGGUAUUUAUCCGAUCACAUCACCCACUAGGAUGCCUCCUAGGACCGUGCCUACAGCUUUAGAGCGUCAUAGGGAAGUCAAAAGACAUGGAAGUGAAAACAACCUCUCAAGUGAUCUAGAUGACCCACCAGCCUUAAGACCUCUCAGUGAAUUAGCAGAUGACGAGCAUUUCUCCGAUGAUUCAUUAGAAGAAAUGUUACCCCCGCCUCCUCCUCCAGCUUGUAAUAAAAGAGCAAGCAUCGCUUGGGAAGUGCCCUUAGAUGAUGACGCUCUGCUGACUCCAGGUCCUCUUACAGGUAGUACUAAAGUAAUUGGUAGAAGAAGAAGAAAAUCCGGUUCAUAUUCUAGUACCAGUUCCAUACCUAAUAGGUUAAAAGAACUAGAAGAUUGGCCUGAUCCACCUCCUUGUACGACUGAGGAUGAAGUUACUUCGCCUUUUUCGGACUCGGAUGACCAUCUUAUGUUACCACCCGAAUUGAACAGUGCAAAUAUAUCAGGAAACAGCACUUAUAUCAUAAGAAGGGGAAAGAAAGAUCGAAAAACACUACAGAACGUCGGCAGCUCUUUAACCUCAAACUCCUCUCUGAACUCUCGCCUCAGUUCAGAACUCAGCAUACCAACGAGCAGAUUCAGUAUGGACCUCAACGCCCGCCUGAGUCGUGAUCUCCAAACACCAAACUCUAGGUACAGCGUCGAUCUGAGUACCCCCCACUCCCGCCUCAGUCAAGAACUGAAUUCUCCAAAGUCUAGAUUCAGUUUAGAUUUGAACAAUUCGAGAAUUCUGAGCCAGGAAUUGAGCUCUUCGCCGUCAAGGUUGAGCAUAGACUUGUCUAGCAGCACAAGGUCAAGUACUCCAAGCAAACACUGUAACGACAUGAAAAAGCAUAGCACCACCUUCGAUAACAUAAAAUCUUUAAUGCGCGAGGGAAUAAUCCAAAACUUGGACUCUCCGAAGGAGGAGUGUACUGCAGAUUUGAAUCCAGCCACAUCUCCCAUAGUACGAGUAGUAUCUCUCCCUAGCUUGGACGCCGACGAGUUCACUCCUAGACGUGAGUUGGAUGUAACAGUAGAAGAAGAAGAAGAAGUUGAGAGUUCGCAGCCUAGUGCUGAGAUUUCACCAUUGAGAAAAAUCGAACAGAGCAUCAGUGAGCUGUUGGAGAGGCGAGAUAUUGAGGUUGUACAAAAUGAACAGUUUGUGUUGAACGGCGUGGAAAAUCUGAAUAAGGACAAGAGGAAAGCUCCGUCCAAACCUACUCGUGAAAUGAGACAUAAAAAUGAUUUGCAGAAGUCGAGUAGUCACAAUGAGAUACAGAAGUCAGAGGAGUAUUAUAGGCAACUUUUGAUGGAAGCUGGUAAUCCGUUUCCCAAGCGAAAUGGCAUCCAAAAAUCAGAAAGUGCCAAAGAGAUGCUCAUCGCCCAUCGCGAACCUCGACCUUUACCGACCUCCACGUCUGCGGACUUUCCCGUUCGGGUGGAGGUGUUGCAGCAUGACUUUCCUCCGUUGCCACCCUCGCCUGUCGAAGAAGACGAGGACGAGUAUACGGAGAUCCUCCAUCCGGUCAUGAAAACAAGAGCCGACACGCUGCCAAUCAGUAAUGAACAACCUGUAGUGCCUCCACAUCGAGAACCCAUUUCAAAUAGUCUUAAGACAAGAUCGAUGGAUGUUAAUUAUAAUAGAGGUAGAAGAAGUAAUUUUUUCACGUCUUCGAACAGAAACAUUCCCCCCGAACGUCGAACGCUUCCCACAGAUAUCCAGGACAAGCGACGACCAUAUCAAAAAAGGGCGUCGCAGAGCCCCCAGGAGGAGCAUCAUUUGCAGACUUCGUGUAGUCUGCCUGAAACUCCAAUUUUUGCCAGAGGUUGUGAUAUUCCAAGAACUCCACAUCGGAGAGCGCCUGACGUGCCUGGUGGAAAUCAAACUGCACCAAGGCAAAGUAACACAAUAGGUAGCCUCAACACCAUUGGCACAACUUCUUCGGGCUACCGUCGCGGUCUCUCCCAAACGGGUCUCGAACAAGCCAUCGUCGGAGCAGAGCUUCUUCGACUUGCGGGAGGCCCAGGACGAGGCUGGUACCCCAAGCAGAGGCAUCGAAGGCCGGCGUCCAUCGAACAUUUGGAUCGGACGGCAACGGGACACAAUCCGUGGGAGACCUCGUCGAAUAGGAAACCGUUAACAUUACCCCCGAACCUCACCCCCAAGUUUUUCCAUAGGUCACCUAGAGACGCAUUGAGAAGAGUGACAAGUUUGCUGAUUAAAAAAGGAAACAAUGGCAAGGAGCCAAGAAAAGAUAAGGAUGUCGUCUCGCCGACCAUUCACGAAAACGCUAACGGUGAAGAAGUCCAUAAGAAGAAAGGAUUCUUCAAAAACUUCUGGAAACGAUCACGGCACUAUUCUUUAGAACAACAAUAGUAGUUUUCCCCGUAUAUAGCAUAUUUUUUGUGUACAUUUUAUAUACCUAACAAUAAUUUAAUAAUUCUAACCGAUAGUAUUACUAUUUGUAUGGCUAAUGAAAAUAACCUAAAAGCACUCAGAAUCAUUAUAAUAUAUUGGUCAACUGUGGAAGAUUUGAAUCAAGGAAACAUUCUCACCGGGUUGGAUUUGGGUGUCAUCCUUUGCCUAGUACUGCGUAGUGCUGGAUGCUGACUCAUGAAUAAUAUUUUUGGAUUUCGGUCCCAUGCGGAUCACUUAUCAUGGCCAUACAGUGCAAUCAGUUUACAAAUGAACUUACAACUCCUAGAAUAUGAAAAAACCUCAUUUUUUUCUUUCAUAGGUUUCAUUGAGAAAGCUUAACGCACUUUUAUAAGCCUCAAACGUCUAUCAAAAUAUUACACAACUGCAGCAAAAUGUUCUCACGUCUUUGAAAUCCCUUCUACAACAAAUUCUUCUAUUAAACAAUUAUUCUAUUAUGUGCGUUUGAACAGAGCACGCCAUAUAAUAUGUGAUGUCUUCUUGUUUGUGUUUCCGGUGGCAUCGACAUGGACUACUGUGGUCAUUUUUCCUAAUGUCAUGUGUAUUCUAUGUUCAUAACUCCUCGUGUCACUUGUGGAGCAUCAUGGCUCUUCACAUUCUCGUUAGCCAUGUAGCUUUGCAGAUUCAACCCAACUUCAACUAGAUAUAUUCUCGUGAAGAAACAUUCUGGACAAAGUUGGGUUUGAACUCAGGAUCUUUGGAUCGUGAUUUAGGUAUAUCACCACUGCGCCAUUUUACCGCUGGAUGUCUUGUUUUCUUACAUUCUGUUUCCAUAACUUCCUUUUCAAAGUUUCAGACUAUGUUCUGUUUUUUGACAUUCAUAUACAUGGAAGCCAAAUUAUAGCCAAUUAUACCCAAAUGAAUUACACAGUAUGGUAACAAAUGAAUUGGAUACUGAAAAUAAUAAUAUUGAAGGAUUUGAUUGAUUCAUGAAACCAUUAGGAAUCAAAAGGAAUAGGCAACAUAUUCUCCUGCCCCCCUGGGACUCUUACUAUAACCUAACCUAACCCACAGCGCAAACCGUGUUUUGGACACACGCUUCUUUCUCCUCUCUUCGCAUGACUCAGUAUUUAGUGUGCGAUCGACACAUACUGUUGACAGUGAGCAUAUAACCUAAAACUAUCACCGCUUUUGAAAGUGAUUAUAGAAAUUUGAUGAAACAAGCAGAAGAUGAUCCUCCGAACAUUUUUCUUUACUUAACGUUGGAACUUUCAAUUUUGUCGUUUGACAAAUAGGAACCAUCCUUCAACAAGCAAUCAUUCCCUUUGUAUUGGGACUACAGACACCAUAAACCCAUCACUCUUUUUUAUAAGCUACAUUUCUACUGGAAAUUAUUUUUUCGAGAAAAUACCUACUUUUUGAUUUAUUUCAGUAUCGAAUAAGGUAUUGACUUUCAGGAAAAACUUUAUAUAACAGGAGUUGCUUACAAUUAGUCAAUCUAUAUCCAAUCCCAGACUGAUUUUCAAUGAAACAUAUUUCACCCUCGAGAAGGGGUGACAUUCACUCUCCAGGGUAAAAGCAACCCCCGGUACAGGGUUGACUUUGUAGUAGAGGAUAAAUAUGACCUUUAUCGACAAUUUAAUGAUAAUUGUACUGUUUGACAAAAUUGAAUGGGAAAAAUGUCAUUGACUGGAUAAUCAAUAUUUAUUCGGUGAACUUCAAGUGGGAUAUGAAAGAAUAACGCUGUAAAAAGUUUAACAAAUCAUUUCAAGCAUUUUUAAUACAAAUGUAUUGCAAAUUUUGACUUAUGUCACUCUGACAACUGAAACUGUGGAUCCAUAUCUUAUUCUUUUAAAGCAGUGGCAAACUUAAAAUCCAACCCAUAUGAAAUAACCUCAUGAACCAGAAAUCUUCCACCACUUGAUUCGGUAUGCUGGACGUGUCGUUAAAAAUCACCCGGAGUUUUCACUUUUCUUCACUCUGGUCGGUUUGGGACGGACACAUUGUAGAUGUAGAUAUUACUAAUUUAUUACGUGUAAUAAAAAAUUCUAGCAAG